AUGCUGAAUCGCACCAGGGACACGCGGAUCCGGCACGCCAAGUCUUACUGUGUCAAUCGGAGGAGGCGCUUGGUCUUGUCGGAAAACUCGACGGACGGCUUUGGGGAGGCGACGACGACGACGACGACAAUAUUCUGCGGCAACGGGCAAUCGCCGAGCAGUGAGCGCCUCCUCUCACCCAACUCGACUUCGCGCGUCGAUGCUGACCAGAUAGGCUCGCGAGAUGAGAACACCAUCAUGAGCAGUGCCGACGAUGCAGGGACCUCGGGUGCGAUUCCAGAGUAUCCUGCGGCGGACUUUCACGUUGGGCCCACGGCCUGGGACUUCCAGUCGAUAGGAUUCAUGGAAGAUGCCCAGCUAUGGGCUGUCAAUAGUGGUUUUCUGCUGAAUGGGACCGGCGCAACUGGGCUAGCGUCUGCCUUCCCCGACGCAGAUUUCGAUACGGCAGAAUACUUUGGUAAUGCUCAGGAUGGAGGCAAUCGCACCGGUGCCCGCGGAUCUGGCACGACAUUACCAGUCCUGAUGGAUAUGCGGGACCUGUGGUUCACGAAGAUACAGAGAUCAGAUGAGCAUAGUCGCCGUGUCACUCGGCGCUUCGACAGCGUCUCCAGCUCAAAACUAGCACCCUCGCCCAGCAAGUCCGAAAUCGUGGAUCAGGAGUGCCACCGGGAGCUGACGAGACUCUUGAUCCGCCCACUUCCACCUGAAGAUCUGCUUCCGUCCUCGGGAUUCUUGAACCUCUGCGUACGCCGGUUCUGGAAGUGUUUCAAUCCGAUCUUUCCGAUCCUGCAUGAAGCGACCUUUCAACCGACGGCGGAGAAUGGACUGUUGCUGAUAUCCAUGGCAUCGGUUGGAUGCUUAUUUCUCGGCUCACAGACUGCUGUCCAACGCGGUCGGCGCAUAUUCGAAGGCUUGAAUAAGGUCAUUCUCACAUCGAACAAUUCAAUGAGCAAUACAAGAGCCGAGAUGAUUGCGAUGGUCCAAGCCGCUCUGAUUGGACAAGCGUUUGCUAUGCUGUCUGGGGAUGCGAGGCAUUUUGCCAUCUUUGAUGGCUACCAUGGGUCGAUGAUCUCGUUCGCUCGCAGGGAGGACGUGUUCAGCGGCCGGCACAUCCCAAGAUCUCUCGAGAACCUAUCCGAGGAAGAGCUGGACCGGGCAUGGAAGGAGUGGGUGCGAGAAGAAGAGUUCCUGCGAAUCGCGCCGGCCUUGAAGAUCCAAGACGCAGAACUGUCGUCGUUGCUUCACCGCGAUUCCCUUCUGAAACACAGAGCCCCGGCAAAGCCACUCUUGACAACAGACCGUGCUUUCGGCGCCGCUUCAGCUUCCGAGUGGCUUUCUGCUGUGAAGGCGGGAGACUCAUCACGGCCAGCUGCCGAUGGAAACACCCAUAUUCCACGUACCUCACCCGAUGCAUUCGCCGCCUACCUCCGACUCGAAAGUCUAGGCGUCACUAUAGCCGAAGACCGACGGCAAGGCCACCUGAACGAAGAGAUCUCUCGCAACUACCAGCACACCCUGCUACAGUGGUAUGCGACGCACAACCAUACCGACCAGAGCUCAGGACCGGGCGGGGGCGCGCCGCCGGACCAGCUCUGCCUGACAUCCCUGUGGCACUGGACCUUCGUCGCACUGUCCGUCGAUCUCGACCAGCUGGAGAUCGCCAUCGGCCGCGACGGGCCUGACGCUGCCGCAGAAGCCCUCUCGUCGUACGUCCGCCCCUGGGCCUCGACCUCCGACGCGGCGCGCUGCGCCAUGCACGCCUUUGCACUGCAGAGGAAUCUGCAGGCGCAGCGCUUCGACGCUAUCCCUGCUAUCCACGUCCCCCGCACGCUCUUCUCGGCUGCAGUCGUGUGGUACUGCUUCGUGCGCUACGGCCCGGGGAACAACUCGCCACAGCUGAGACUAGAUCAUCGCCCCUUUGCGGUCGGCAGCUGGCCCGAGUUUGCCGUCUUGUCCGGCUCGGCGAGGGAGGAGCUGGUAGCCCUCUCGGACCUCACCUGGAAUCGCGGCGCGACGUCGGCUGUUACGGCGGCGACGCUGUGCGAGUUGGGGUGUCAGCUGCAGCGGAUCAACGUCUGGGGCUUGGCGGGUAAGUUUGCAGGUAUUGUCGCUCGGCUUCUCGAUGGUUGGGAUUAA